CAAGUGAACUACCUGUUUUGUGUCUGUAUAAUAAUAUUGUGUAGAUUUUCCUCUUCUCAUCACAUUCACUCGUAUUUUACUGUCAUUUAGUUUAGUGGGGUUUUAUUUCCUUUAAGACUUUUCCUCUAUCUGUGUUCUGUGGUUUUAUUCAGACGUGUUGCUGAGCAGAGAGAGUUUUUCACAUGAAGUCUUUCUAGUCGACAUUGAAGUGGGAUGUUUGGUCUUGUGUGACCUCUGAACUCUGUCCUACUUCACCUCUUCUUCAUCUCCUCCUAAGACUUUCCUGUUAUUUGCACCUCAGAAGUGAACCAGUCCUCACGCUUCAUACUCAUCCUCCUGUUUUUGUCCUUUUCACUGUGCAACAAGUGAAUAUUUAACUUCUGUCGGUCCGCUUUUCUGUCAUUCUCCGAUAUCCUGCAGCAUGUUGGCAGUGUCCUCACUCAGACAGGAAGACAGAUGUCAGACCUGUCUCACUCUCUCGCUCUCACUCUCUCUCUCUUUUUGUCAUAGCUGCAGUACAAAUCCUGGCUUUCCCUCACAGCUCUAUUAGCCUGCUCUGCUCCACACAACUGAUCCACGAUCAGAGACAGAGAAACAAACACACACACACUUACAGUCUCAUCACACAGCGACACACACACACACACACCUCUCCUGGAGCUCCUGCAGAACCAGAGGAGGAGGAAAGAGGGUGGAAGAAUUUGGCGCCAUCAAACUGCUGGGAUGAGGUGGUGGCUGGUGGCGGCCAGUUUGUGGCUGCUGGUGGUCCUGACCGUCUCGAACGCCCAGGCCAGGAACAGACCUCGCAACCAGGACGGUGAGAUCCGCCGGGGGAAGAGGAAGAGGGACGGACAGGGUCCUGGGCGGACCAGAACGGGGCGCUCUAGACCUCUAAAGAUCCGACUGGUUCCUGGUCCAAGCAUCCCAGUGGAGCCUGGAGAAAACCAAGGAAACGCUCCGUUCCUGGAUUCCUACAAGAACCUACAAGAACAUCACUCCAGCUACAACGUUAUCCCAGGUAAGCAGGGCCAGUGUGUGUACCAGGGUCUGACCAUGUUCGACCAGGCCGUCUGGUCACCAAAGCCCUGUGUGACUUGUCUGUGUACCGGAGGGCGGGUGGUUUGUGACAAGAUCACUUGUCCCAUAACGCACUGCCAUUUCCCCUUCACCCCCGCUGGGGAGUGCUGCCCCGUCUGCAUGGAGUCAGACCCUGACCUCAGCCUUGACCUUUCUGGUGACUCCCCAGUUCCCAACGACCCCGGCGAGCCUGUGACCCCGCUGACCCAGGAGGAAAUCCAGCGAAUCCUCUGGCGGGAGGAAGAGGAACACCGCGAGGAGGAGGAGCGCCUGAGGAAGAAGGAUGAGGCUAGGAAGAAGAGGAGGAAGCAGAGGAAGGAGCAGGCGGACAAACAAAGGAAGAUAGUGGAGGAGAAGAGGAGGAAGGAGGAGGAGGCGCUGAGGCUGCAGGUGGAGAGAGAGGAGGAGGAGUGGAGGAGGCAUGUGGAAGAGGAGGAGAGGAGGAGGCAGGAAGAGAAGAGGAGGAGACAGGAGGAGGAUGACAGGAGGCGAAAGGAGGCAGCAGACAUAGAAGCAAGGGAGAAGGAAAGGAAGCUAGAGGAGGAAAGGUGGAGACAGGAGGAGAUGCUGAGGGAGGAACUACUGGCUCUGGUGGAGGAGGAGGAGGAAGAGGAGAUAGAGGAGGAGGUGUGGCUGAGAGGAGAUGUGUUUGAGAUGCCCCAUAAAGAACUUGAAGAACCCGAGGAACCAGACCUCCUCCCUGCUCCAAUACCAAGACCUCCAGUGGCGACAGAAGACGAGCUGAAGGAGAUGGAAGCAGAGGAGGAGGAGGAGGAAGAAGAGGAGGAGGAGGAGGAGGAGAGGGAGGUGGUGAUUAUAGAGAACAGAAGAGGCAUCCCUCCAGGCUGCGACAUCUCUGAUGUCACUCUGACAUGUGAUAACGCAAAACUCACCUACUUCCCUCCUCUGUCCAUCCCUGAGCUCAAGUCUCUCAGUCUGGAGGGCAACGACAUCAGCAGCAUCCCAGCAGAAGCCUUCAAUGGCAUCCCCAACCUGGAGUGGAUCAACCUGAAGAAAAACAAAUUCACCUCUGCCGGCAUUGAUGCUAAAGCCUUCAAAGGUCUGAAGAUGCUAAGGCGUCUGUACUUGGACGGGAACCUUCUGGAGGCCGUGCCCGCUGGCCUUCCCCCCACCCUGCAGGAGCUGAAGAUCAGCGAGAACAGACUGAUAGCGAUCGAUGAAAACAGCUUCCAAGAUCUGAGCAGUCUGGUGAUUCUGGAGUUGGAGGGAAAUCUGCUGAGUGAGGGGAAUGUAGAUCCUCUGGCCUUCGCUCCCCUCAUCGAGCUCUCCUACCUCCGACUGGGCAAAAACCACUUCCGCACCAUACCACAAGGGCUUCCCAUUUCAUUGCUGGAGCUGUACUUGGAGAACAACCUGAUUGAGGAAAUCUCAGAGGCAGUUUUCAAUCAGACCCACAGUCUGAAUGUGGUUUCUCUGAGACACAACAGGCUGGACGAGACCAGGAUCGCCCCGCUGGCCUGGAUCAACCACAGAAAUCUGGAGUCCAUCGACCUUUCACAUAAUGACCUUUACCUGGUUCCAUCAUACCUGCCCAGAUCUCUGAUCCACCUGGUGCUGGUGGGAAACAACAUAGAGAGGAUACCUGGUUAUGUCUUCGCCCACAUGGACCCUGGUAUAGAGUACCUCUACCUCUCCUACAACAGACUGGAUGGGGAGGCAAUCGAGCCCGAGUCGUUCUUUGGCUCGUACCAAUCCAUGGUGGAAUUGUGUCUGGAUAACAACCAGCUGGUCUCUGUCCCGUCUGGCAUCAAUGAGAUGACCAACUUACACUUCCUCAGACUCAACAAUAACAAUAUCAGGAGUAUCCCUGACGAGGGCAUCUGUGACCCAAACCACAGCGGAGACUCCACACUGGUGGCCGUGAGGCUGGAAAGCAACUACAUCGACCCCCAGAAGAUCUCACCGACAGCCUUCUCCUGCGUACGCUCCUCCUCCAGUGUGGUCUUAAAACCCCAGAAAACCAAGUGACCACAUAAAACCAAAAAAUAAAAGACACUUGUUUAAAGAUUUUGGUUUUUAAUGUGCCAACAUUAGUCAAGUCAAAACAUAAGAUACAUUUCCCCUCCCUAGAUUCCUCUGAUGUUGCAUGCUAUUAAAAUUACACCCCAAAUAAUAAUAAAUUACUUAGAAAAACAGUUCUCAUAUGAUUUACAGGUUGAACAUGGAAAAAAGAAAUGUAACUGUCAAAACACAGCUGAUGAAUUUGCCCUAUUGGAAUGUACUGUUCGGUCAUAUCCUUGGAAUGAACCUCUACGAGCUGCAUAAAAAUAAGAUUUUCUUCUUCUUUGGCCCUGAUACACAGUUUUAGGUCUGGUAAGGUGUUUUGCACUGUAACCUGGCCCACCUUAACCUGGUCUGAAGAGGACAGAACACCUUCAGACUUUAAAUCAAACACAUCUGUGUCUCCUUUAGUAAAAUGUUAAACUCUCUGAAAUGGAAAGUGCACCAUACACAGUAAAAUGAAAACGCUAAUAAGAAAUCAUGGAAAGAAUUCGAUGAAAUGAGACCACAAGCCCAACACAUUAUUUUUAACAACCUCGCCACCUUCAUGUUCCAUUUCUCAGCUCUGUUUCUUCCAAUGCCUUCUUUCAUAAAAACUCUGACAUGGAAAGGAGUAGUGUGAUCACAUGUGGGACACAUCCUUUGAGCUCUUUGCGAAGGAUUAAGUUAAAGUGAGUGUUGUUGGAGAGUUAAUCGCUCUGACAGAUAAAGAGACAGAAGAUGUAAUGACAUGUCUGCCCAUUUCAGCUCCAUCUUUUACAUUCUUUAUGUGCACUUAAGUGGACAGAAGCAGGACAGUAACUUCCUCUGCUGCAGUUAAGCCGGAUUUAUUCUUGAUGUCUUGAGGAAUGGUGUUGGUAUUCGUUUAUAUAGUUCAGCUUAAGAUUUCGCUUGUUGAUGGACCCACAGCAAUAGACACAUAUAUCGUACAUCAGGAGGUAUUGUGCUUUAACUAUAUUGCCCACAGUUCUACUUCACUUUGUGUUUGUGUGACGUUGGGCCACGCUCAUACUCAUAACUAGAGUUGCAUCCAAGUAACUUGUAUUUUGCCUUGUCUCAUUAGUGAAUAGGAGACUAUUAAAUGCAGUUGCAGUGUUUCCACAUUUUCAGCAGGUUUGCUAUAAACUUUCAUGGAGAUGGGUAUAGCUAUGUGGACUAUGUGGUCUGAGGAGACAACCCUCUAACAAAUGCCCUUGGGAUGUUGGAGGAACCAUUGGCUCCAGAAGUAUUUUCCCCAACUGUAAAUUCCCACUUCAAAGUUUUCAUUUAAUGACGUCCUCAGUGUACCUCAACACAGAAACGUUAUUAAACCACACUAUACAGUAGGUCUAUGUUCAUGCUUCAACUAUCAACCUGUGUAACUGUAGUAUAAUGUAUUAAUAACUCAACAUCAGCACUGGCAGUGAAUAAAAAAAUGCUUCUGCAGGUUGGGAGAGUAAUUCCUUUAUGUAUGAGUGGGGAGGAGGUGGAUCUUGUAUUUACAGAUUGUACCGUAGCUUUGAACAGUUUUGACUGGAGGUACAGUGUGCCCAACAAUUUGAAAUUUCAGUUACAGUUCAAAAACUGUAACACAUCUGCCCCUUGCAAUGCUCUUGGCUGGCCAACAUGCAUAAAUUAUAUGAGAAAAUGUCUAUUUGAUGUGUCAACAAUUAUAUACUACAGUUUAGCACAAUGUUACGAUGCAGAAUUCAAAUAAACUUCACAAUGUUUACAUU